GAAUAGGCUUGAAGGCGCUUCUCCAAACUUCAAAGCACCUUCGUUCUUACCAUCUUCUCUCUUCGUCUUUUUUCCACUUUAUUCCCCACACACUACAAAUAUGUUCAGAUCAGCUCAAACCGCUUCAAAACCUUCCAAAUCCACCAUCAAAUUCCUCUGCAGUUACGGUGGCAGAAUCCUCCCUCGUUACCCUGACGGCAAGCUCCGCUACCUCGGAGGCCACACCCGCGUCCUCGCCGUCGACCGCUCUAUUACCUUCUCCGAGCUGCUGCUGAAGCUGGAAGAGCUCUGCGGUGCCUCCGUGAGGCACCUCCGCUGCCAAUUACCCUCCGAAGACCUCGACGCUCUUAUCUCCAUCACCUCCGACGAAGAUCUCGCCAAUCUCAUCGAGGAAUACGACCGCGUUUCAUCGCUCAAGAUCAGAGCCUUCCUCUCGCCGCCCACGCCGUCGAGAUCUCCGAACAACGCUUCCAUUCCUCCCUCGAAGUCGGCUUCAUUAUCUUCCUCCUCAGCCUCAUCGUCGUCGUCAUCUUCGUCGUAUUGCAGCCUUACCGGCAAAUCUGGUCGGAGUUACAGAACCUCGGCGACGGUGGUCGACCGUUGCGUCCAUCAGAUGUCGCCGGCUCCGGCGUACCGGACCGCAGUGGACAAAUCCAAACCAUCCGGGAGGAAUAUUCCUCUCCCGCGCUACGGUUACCACGGGAGCGGUGGCCAGGUUUACCUGAUCCACCACGGAAACCACUGGCAAUAACAUUAAGGUGUGGUUUGGAAAGAAUAUUGAAAUGGAUGGACUAAGAUAACGAAGCAGGUGCUAUUUUAAAAUGAAAAUGAUAAAAAAGGACUUUUACAAUGAUAUAGAAUAUAAUUAAACGAAGAUAAAAAAGAAGACGAAGGAGAAUGAAACGGGGAAAGGAAAGGAAAGAGUCCUGUAUAUGUGUGAUGUAAAGUUGGACUGUAAAAAUCGCUGGCAAGGGUUGCGGUUUUAGCUUGUGAUCCUUGAUUGCCCAUUAAUGAAUUUCACUCCAAUUUCGUGUUUCGUUUCGCUCCGUUUUUCUAAUGAUGGUUUAACUGAAGAUUGGAAGAAAAUCUUACUUGUACAUGAUGGCUUUUGGCGCGUUUCAAUUGUAAGUUUCUUUUACCCUAAGUACAUUUAGGAGAGAUGAUGUCUAGAAAAAUACAAUCACUUACAAUUUAAUAUAAUAUUCUAAUCAUAUUAUGUUUUAUAUUUUAAGAUACAUUAUUACAGAAUAGAUUCUAAAGUAAAUAUAUUGUCUUAUAUGAUUCAAAAUAAUUUUUUUCUAAAUUUGGCCACGCUCUUCAAUGGCAAUGUAGCUGUCAUCACCAUUAUUAUAUUUAAUUGGUUGGCAAUUAUCCUUUGUUGAUUUUGAGAAAACAAAUUAUUCUGAUUCCAUUGUCACUUAUGAAAUUAUCUUUAUACAGUUCUGGAAAAUGCACUCUCGAAAUAAAGUUAUUUGCUUUGUUCUGGAACCGAUGCAAAACCUACCUAGCUAAGAUAAAUUAGUAUAGUGUCUAUUGUCUGCAUAGAUGGGUCUCUUGUCAUAUUUCAUUUCUUUUGAGUAACUAAUGUUGAUGUUCAAAUUCAGUUAUGUGUUCUGGCCGUUUCAAAGAGUGGACUAUGCAAUGGACACGACGUGAUGGAUUCAUAUGAACACGAUUAAGGUUGGCAACUCAGUGUUAGAAACCCGUAGAUAGCAUGGGGGACCAGACUCCAUUUAAAGAUAAAUAAACUUAUCAUAAUAAAAAAUUUAAACCAUCUCAUGACAACUGGCUCAUGCAUGUUCAAAGAACUAGAACUCAUAAGAUGAGAAUAUAUGGCACAAAACUACAAAUUGAUGGAGCCAACAUAAAAUGAGAAUAUUUUCCUUUUCGAAAAAAAAAGAAAAAGUAAAAUAAAAGAGCAAGAGAGAGAAAAAACUAAGAAUAGGUUCAUCCUUUCAGCAAUGCAAGAUUGCAGAUUUUAGAAAGAAGAUUUUGUGUUGGAAAUACAAGGACCUCCACUCAUGUAACAUUCAAAGGGAAGAUUCCUCUCGCUUUCUUAGUUUUGGAAGAGAUUUGAGAGAUAUUUCACCACCCAAUUACCCGAAAUGAGUUUAUUAGUUUAUUUAGUAAUGAAAACAUGACAAAAAGAAGCAUGGUGUGUUAUCUUCCUGAAGACAUACUGAGGAUAAUCUACCCCACCAUGUGCCACUAUAUAGUCUCUUCUUUUACAUCAGUAAAAUAAUGCAAGCAGAGUAAAAGGAAAUUCACACCUAUAAAGAGAAAAAUAUUGAGAGAAGAAGCAUUAGAUAUGGUAUAUUAUGUAAAAAUACGUCUUAAAAGAGAACGAAUUCAGUGAUUU